GGGAUGAAAGGGAAAGUGAAAGUUCAGAGGACCUAAGCUGAGGCCUGCCGUCAGGCGGCUCUGCCCCACGUCAAUGGCAAAAGUUGGAAAAAAGUCUUUAUGCUCACCGCAGAGAUCUGUGGAGUGUUGUAACUGGUGGUGGCAGACUUUUCCAUUGUGGCUCCAUUGAAUACACAGGAACAUCCGGUUUGCCAUCGUCCAUCUACCGCAAACAUGUGAACGCAGCAUCACAGAUGGAAUGAUGCGGCUGGCUACUUGAUUGGUUUCUGAGCUUGGUGGUUUUUCACCUUUUUCACUGCUCAUGAGUUUUCAUGUCUGUCUACAGUCUAAUAACGGAAAAAAUUUUUCAUACAGAAUGAAGCUAGCAUCUGCAUCUCCAGCUCCAACAUGUGCAUCGGAUGCAUCUGGCCAUUCAAUGGAUCGGCCUAUUAUGUUCAAACAUGGAACCGAGCUAGAAACAGCAUCUCCAGCUCCAACAUGCACAUCAGCUGAAUCUGACCAUUCAAUGGACCGCCCUAUCAUGUUCAAACAGAGAAGGAAGCUAGAGACAGCAUCUCCAGCUCCAACAUGUGCAUCUGCUGCAUCUGACCAUUCAAUGGACCAUCCUAUCAUGUUCAAACACAGACUGAAAGCAGAAACAGCAUCUCCAGCUCCAACAUGUGCAUCUGCCGAAUCUGACCAUUCAAUGGACCACCCUAUCAUGUUCAAUCACAGAAGGAAGCUAGAGACAGCAUCUCCAGCUCCAACAUGUGCAUCUGCUGCAUCUGACCAUUCAAUGGACCAUCCUAUCAUGUUCAAACACAGACUGAAAGCAGAAACAGCAUCUCCAGCUCCAACAUGUGCAUCUGCCGAAUCUGACCAUUCAAUGGACCACCCUAUCAUGUUCAAUCACAGAAUGAAGCCAAGAUCAGCAUCUCCAGCAUGUGCAUCUGAUGCAUCUGGCCAUUCAAUGGACCGCCCUAUCAUGUUCAAUCACAGGAUGAAGCUGAGAUCUGCAUCUUCAGUUCCAACAUGUGCAUCAGAUGCAUCUGAUCGUUCAAUGGAUCGGCCCAUUAUGUUCAAACAUGGAAUGAAGCCAGAAAUAGCAUCUCCAGCUCCAACAUGUGCAUCUUUCAAAUCUGACCAUUCAAUGGACCGACCAAUUAUGUUCAAGCAAGGGAUCGAGCCAGAGAACAUACCAUCCCCUCUUCUGUCCUUGAACCAACACACCAGAUUAAGAGAUGAAGCCUGCUCUCCAGACAUCAGUGAGUUGUCAGCCAGUCUGCUAACAGAGGACCACUUCAGGUGUCCAGUGUGUACGGACGUGCUGAAGGAUCCAGUCUCCAUCCCCUGUGGACACAGUUACUGUAAGACCUGCAUCCAGACCUACUGGACCAAACCAACCUUAGAAAACAGCUACUGCUGUCCUCAGUGUAGGAAGAGCUUUAGAACCCGUCCUGCUCUGGAUCCAAACUCAGCUCUGGCUAAAGUGGUGCAGAAGCUGCAGCAGGCCGGGUUCAGUCCUGCUCUUCCUGCUCACUGCUACGCUGGACCUGGAGAUGUGGCCUGUGAUUUCUGCACUGGGAGGAAGCUCAGAGCAGUGAAGUCCUGUCUGACCUGUCCUGCGUCUUACUGUCAAACCCACGUUAAGCAGCACUACACAGUAGCAGCUCUGCAGAGACACAUGCUGGUGGAGGUGACUGGAGAGCUGGAACAGAGACUCUGCAAGCUGCACCAGAGAGCUCUGGAGGUCUUCUGCAAAACUGACCAGACCUUCAUAUGUCUUCUGUGCACAAUGGAGGAGCAUAAAGAGCACCAUACUGUCCUGGCCAAAAGUGAAGAGUCUCCUGUUCAGAUAUCAGAAAAUCCAGUGGUCAUCAAUGUCAGCCAGACUCAAGUCUAUAAAAUGGGGGAGUGUAAAGAUGAGCCUCUUUCAAUUCCUUUUAAUUCUUUAAGAGAAAAUGAGAUGGAGCAACAGAUGAAGCAACUCCUAAAAGACAACAUAGAGCUUACAGUGAGAGCUAAGAAAGCUGAGAGCGAGCUGGAUUACUUGACGGAAUGCAGACGACUUGAGCAGGCUGAUGACUUUGUUGAAGUGUCUGCACUUGGUCGCAUAUUGGAGCUUGGGAUGUUGUAUGACUGUCGCAGUGAUUCUUUCAACUCAGAUGCCUUUCUGUGGGAUGUCAACACUCUGUCCUCUAUGAGACUGUCUCUGCAUCGACCUCACACGGAUGUAAGGAUUGUAGAGGGAAAAUCUUUGCAGGAGAGACUCAAAGCUCUGGAUCUGACCGCUUCUCUGAGAGCUAGUGUUGUAUCAGGACUGGUGGAGGUGGCUGGAGCUGCUGCUUAUCUGAAGCACCCCACUCAAUCCCAGCUGCAGGACAGAGUCACUCUGCACUACAGAACCUCCACCAGGCUGGACAUGCUCAGUCACAGACUGCUGCGCGGUGGAGAUCCUCUCUCCAUGACCAGUCAGAAUUCAGCGACACAUGUGGUUGUAGCUGUUCUGUAUGGAGCCCAAGCAUUCUUAGUGUUUGAUGACAAGAAUGAAAGCAGUGAGGGAAGUCUGAAACUAAAAGAUAAAGUCAAGAAAAAUUUUCUUUCCCAGAGUGCAGGUGAAUUACUCUUGAGUCUUGAAAAAGCAAAUUGUUUCUUUGAACUUGCUCUCUACACUGAUGGAGAGGAUUUCAAUAGGCUGGAGGAUUUUGACACUGCAGUUAAACGAUUUAGGUCACUCCAAAAGCUGUUAGAACCUCAAGAUGAGAGAGCAGUCCCUCUGAAAGUGUGGCUCUACCCUCUGAAGAAGCUGGUACAGACAUCUCCUCAUGUUGUUGGCAGCAUCAAGGUAGACAUACUAGACAAUGCAGUUGAUGUUCUGGAGCACCUAGAAAGGAACAUCAACAUUUGUCUGGAUAUGAUGUCAAUUUACUCUAAUCUUGGUGUGAAUUCAUGGUAUCCACACUUAAAGGAUGCUCUUUCAGAAUUUUCUUCUCUUAUGCGGAAGUACCAGUCUGACUUUCAGAAAAGGCUGGCCUCCUGCAUUAAAACCAUCCGAGAGAAAGGAGAGAAAGGAGAGCAGAUUUUGCAAGACCUUCUGAAGAAAAACAUGCAAUCACCAUUCAGUCCACAGAACAUGCAUAACUGGCUUCUGAACAAAGAUGUACAAGUUGUCGCUUUGAAUGAAUGUAGAGCUGCUAACGUCACCAUUGUAAAAUCACAAGAUGACUUGAAGCGUCUCAUAGAAGAUUCACAAGCAGACAGAGUGCUGUGUUUCACUCUCACAUCACUGGAGGGUGAAGAUCCAUUUCUUUCAGCUCUGAAACAGAACAUGAUGAACAGAGAAGAGACCCAGGCUUUCAGGCUUCCUGAUAUCAGUCAGAAAAUCCACAGUCACCUUCAUUUAUUCCUGUCCAACAAGAAGACGAAUGAAGAUGCAGAGCAUACCAAGUUCAUUGCUACAUCUGAACCUCAGCCACACUUUCCUGAGCCCUCUGUCUGUCUCUACCAGUUUGGUAACAUUGUGAAGCUCAAAGUAAACCUUGAGCUAAAGCCAGAUCUCCCAGAAAAAAUCAUCACCAAACAGACAUCUGUUGCUAUGAGGCUGCAAACAUUCAGUGUAGUUCACUGGUACAGAAUGGAGUACAGAACUGUGAGCUGCAGAGGAGGGAGUCGCUUUUAUUUGAAAUGGAGUGACAUUGACGUCUAUAAUACUGGAGAGAGUGUUGUUAUUAGGGGUUUAACACCAGAGACACAGUAUCAGCUGAGAUAUGCAGUAAUGGACACUAACAGCAUGAGUGACUACAGCAGAAUAACAGAGUUCCAGACUCUUCCUAGAGCCAGACCUGGACGGCCUAAAGUGCACAAACAGAAUAAGGACUCUCUCACUGUUUCCUGGCUGAGAGCUGAGGCUGAUGAAGACUCACCUGUGCUCCACUACAUGGUUGAGUAUAUGGAGGCUGGUCUGCAGGGCUGGCAGUUAAUUCUAACAGAGGGUCCUGAGUGUGAAUGCACUGUAACUCUCCCUUACAGCACCUGCUACAGAGUCAGAGUCUCUGCUGUGUAUAGAGGUGGUGACAACAGCAAACCUAGUGAGCAAUCAGAGGUCUCUUUAGAUGUGUGGUACAUAGACCUCUCAGAAAGAAAGACCUCCCUCUUCCUAGAAGUGCUGAAACUCCAAACAGAGAAGAAACCAGUAGAGCUGAGAGGCUGGUCAGAUGAAGAGAGUGAAGUGAGGAGUUUCCUUCAGUGUCUGCCUUACAUCUCCCAGCUGAGAUUUCAUUGGUCGGUUUCACGUGAAGAACAGAAUAAAACGUCUGCGUUUCAGUUUCUGCUGAAUCUGAGUGCAGCAGCAGCAGAGAGUGAUUCAGCUACAGGACAGAGAUUCACUGAACUGCUGACAUCUGUGUGCAGCUACUCAACCUUCCCUUUUGAUCAAUACGAUCCUGAAUCUCUGUGUGACUUCCUGCUGGAUCUGCACUCUUAUGUGAAGAACUAUGAGGCUCAGACAGGCAGGACUGUUCUUCCAGCAUUACAGCCAGUUUACCAGUCGGCUCCUGCAGAGUGGAUCAUAAACCUCUCAGAGAGAAAGAGCUCCCUCUUCCUAGAAGUGCUGAAACUCCAAACAGAGAAGAAACCAGUAGAGCUGAGAGGCUGGCCAGAUGAAGAGAGUGAAGUGAGGAGUUUCCUUCAGUGUCUGCCCUACAUCUCCCAGCUGAGAUUUUAUUGGUCGGUUUCACGUGAAGAACAAAAUAAAACGUCUGCGUUUCAGUUUCUGCUGAAUCUGAGUGCAGCAGCAGCAGCAGAGAGUGAUUCAGCUACAGGACAGAGAUUCACUGAACUGCUGACAUCUGUGUGCAGCUACUCAACCUUCCCUUUUGAUCAAUACGAUCCUGAAUCUCUGUGUGACUUCCUGCUGGAUCUGUGCUCAUAUGUGAAGAACUAUGAGACUCAGACAGGCAGGACUGUUCUUCCAGGAUUACAGCCAGUUUACCAGUCGGCUCCUGCAGUCUGGAUCAUAGACCUCUCAGAGAGAAAGAGCUCCCUCUUCCUAGAAGUGCUGAAACUCCAAACAGAGAAGAAACCAGUAGAGCUGAGAGGCUGGCCAGAUGAAGAGAGUGAAGUGAGGAGUUUCCUUCAGUGUCUGCCCUACAUCUCCCAGCUGAGAUUUUAUUGGUCGGUUUCACGUGAAGAACAGAAUAAAACGUCUGCGUUUCAGUUUCUGCUGAAUCUGAGUGCAGCAGCAGCAGAGAGUGAUUCAGCUACAGGACAGAGAUUCACUGAACUGCUGACAUCUGUGUGCAGCUACUCAACCUUCCCUUUUGAUCAAUACGAUCCUGAAUCUCUGUGUGACUUCCUGCUGGAUCUGCACUCUUAUGUGAAGAACUAUGAGGCUCAGACAGGCAGGACUGUUCUUCCAGCAUUACAGCCAGUUUACCAGUCGGCUCCUGCAGAGUGGAUCAUAAACCUCUCAGAGAGAAAGAGCUCCCUCUUCCUAGAAGUGCUGAAACUCCAAACAGAGAAGAAACCAGUAGAGCUGAGAGGCUGGCCAGAUGAAGAGAGUGAAGUGAGGAGUUUCCUUCAGUGUCUGCCCUACAUCUCCCAGCUGAGAUUUUAUUGGUCGGUUUCACGUGAAGAACAAAAUAAAACGUCUGCGUUUCAGUUUCUGCUGAAUCUGAGUGCAGCAGCAGCAGCAGAGAGUGAUUCAGCUACAGGACAGAGAUUCACUGAACUGCUGACAUCUGUGUGCAGCUACUCAACCUUCCCUUUUGAUCAAUACGAUCCUGAAUCUCUGUGUGACUUCCUGCUGGAUCUGUGCUCAUAUGUGAAGAACUAUGAGACUCAGACAGGCAGGACUGUUCUUCCAGGAUUACAGCCAGUUUACCAGUCGGCUCCUGCAGUCUGGAUCAUAGACCUCUCAGAGAGAAAGAGCUCCCUCUUCCUAGAAGUGCUGAAACUCCAAACAGAGAAGAAACCAGUAGAGCUGAGAGGCUGGCCAGAUGAAGAGAGUGAAGUGAGGAGUUUCCUUCAGUGUCUGCCCUACAUCUCCCAGCUGAGACUUUCUCAGUCUGUUUCACAUGAAGAACAGAAGAAAAAGUCUGCAUUUCAGUUUCUGCUGAAUCUGAGUGUCGCAGCAGCAGCAGAGAGUGAUUCAGCUACAGGACAGAGAUUCACUGAACUGCUGAGAUCUGUGUGCAGCUACUCAACCUUCCCUUUUGAUAAAGAUUAUAUGGAUUAUUAUCCUGAAUAUCAGUGGAUCUUCCUGCUGGAUCUGUACUCUUAUGUGAAGAACUAUGAGGCUCAGACAGGCAGGACUGUUCUUCCAGCAUUACAGCCAGUUUACCUAUCAGCUCCUGCAGUCUGGAUCAUAGACCUCUCAGAGAGAAAGAGCUCCCUCUUCCUAGAAGUGCUGAAACUCCAAACAGAGAAGAAACCAGUAGAGCUGUGGGGCUGGUCAGAUGAAGAGAGUGAAGUGAGGAGUUUCCUUCAGUGUCUGCCCUACAUCUCCCAGCUGAGAUUUUGUGAGGAGUCUGAAGACAAUAUGUCAUCGUUGGAGUUUCUGCUGAGUCUGAGUGCUAAAGUGUCAGAGUGUGAUACAGAUACAACACAGAGUUUCACUGAGCUGCUGACGUCUAUGUGCAGUGAGAGAGUCUUCCCCUUUGAUGAUGAUGAUGAUGAUGAUGAGGAGGAUUUUAGUGGCCCUCUGUGUGACUUCCUGCUGGAUCUGUUCUCACAUGUGAAGAACUAUGAGACUCAGACAGGCAGGACUGUUCUUCCAGCAUUACAGCCAGUUUACCAGUCAGCUGCUGCAGUCUGGAUCAUAGACCUCUCAGGGAGAAAGAGCUCCCUCUUCCUAGAAGUGCUGAAACUCCAAACAGAGAAGAAACCAGUAAAGCUGACAGGCUGGCCAGAUGAAGAGAGUGAAGUGAGGAGUUUCCUUCAGUGUCUGCCCUACAUCUCCCAGCUGAGAUUUUGUGAGGAGUCUGAAGACAAUAUGUCAGUCUUGAAGUUUCUGCUGAGUCUGAGUGCUAAAGUGUCAGAGUGUGAUACAGAUACAACACAGAGUUUCACUGAGCUGCUGACGUCUAUGUGCAGUGAGAGAGUCUUCCCCUUUGAUGAGAAUGAUGAUGAUGAUGAGGAUGAUGUUAGUGGUGCUCUGUGUGACUUCCUGCUGGAUCUGUUCUCACAUGUGAAGAACUAUGAGACUCAGACAGGCAGGACUGUUCUUCCAGCAUUACAGCCAGUUUACCAGUCAGCUGCUGCAGUCUGGAUCAUAGACCUCUCAGGGAGAAAGAGCUCCCUCUUCCUAGAAGUGCUGAAACUCCAAACAGAGAAGAAACCAGUAAAGCUGACAGGCUGGCCAGAUGAAGAGAGUGAAGUGAGGAGUUUCCUUCAGUGUCUGCCCUACAUCUCCCAGCUGAGAUUUCAAUGUUUUGUUCCUUCUGAAAACAAACAACAAUCUGCUUUCCAGUUUCUGCUGAAUCUGAGUGCAGCAGCAGCAGCAGAGGGUGAUUCAGCUACAGGAGAGGGUUGUACUGAACUGCUGGCAUCUGUGUGCAGCUACUCAACCUUCCCUUAUGGUGAACAUGAUGAGUAUAAUACUAAUGCUCAGUGUGAGUUUCUGCUGGAUCUGUUCUCACAUGUGAAGAACUAUGAGACUCAGACAGGCAGGACUGUUCUUCCAGCAUUACAGCCAGUUUACCAGUCAGCUCCUAUAAUCUGGAUCAUAAACCUCUCAGAGAGAAAGAGCUCCCUCUUCCUAGAAGUGCUGAAACUCCAAACAGUGAAGAAACCAGUAGAGCUGGCAGGCUGGUCAGAUGAAGAGAGUGAAGUGAGGAGUUUCCUUCAGUGUCUGCCCUACAUCUCCCAGCUGAGAUUAUAUUUUGGGUCUGAUACCAAGAAAAACAUUCAGAUUUUUCUGGAUCUAUUUAGUAAAGCAGCAGAGAGCGAGAGACAGACAGGAGAGAAGACACUGGAGCUGUUAACAUCAGUCUGCACUUACAGCUCCUUUCCUUAUGGAUCCACUCACAGCUCUAAACAGAGUGAGUUUCUGCUGGAUCUGUUCUCACAUGUGAAGAACUAUGAGACUCAGACAGGCAGGAAUGUUCUUCCAGCAUUACAGCCAGUUUACCAGUCAGCUCCUGCAGUCUGGACCAUAAACCUCUCAGAGAGAAAGAGCUCCCUCUUCCUAGAAGUGCUGAAACUCCAAACAGUGAAUAAACCAGUAGAGCUGACAGGCUGGUCCGAUGAAGAGAGUGAAGUGAGGAGUUUCCUUCAGUGUCUGCCCUACGUCUCCCAGCUGAGGUUAUAUUUUGGGUCUGAUACCAAGAAAAACAUUCAGAUUUUUCUGGAUCUAUUUAGUAAAGCAUCAGAGAGCGGCAGACAGACAGGAGAGAAGACACUGGAGCUGUUAACAUCAGUCUGCACUUACAGCUCUUUUCCUUAUAGAGAUACUCACAGAUCUGAACAGUGUGAGUUUCUGCUGGAUCUGUUCUCACAUGUGAAGAACUGUGAGACUCAGACAGGCAGGAAUGUUCUUCCAGCAUUACAGCCAGUUUACCAGUCAGCUCCUACAGUCUGGACCGUAGACCUCUCAGAGAGAAAGAGCUCCCUCUUCCUAGAAGUGCUGAAACUCCAAAUAGAGAAGAAGCCAGUAAAGCUGAGAGGCUGGUCAGAUGAAGAGAGUGAAGUGAGGAGUUUACUUCAGUGUCUGCCCUACAUCUCCCAGCUGAGAUUUUUUCGGUGGUCUAAUAUCAACAAAAUGAUUCAGAGCUUCAUGGAUAUGUUGAUGAAAGCAGCAGAGCGUGAGAUACAGACAGGAGAGAAGACCCUGCAGCUGUUAUCAUCAUUGUGCACUUACAGCUCUUUUCCUUUUGGAGAUGUUGACAGAUCUGAUCAGAGUGAAUUUCUGCUGGAUCUGUUCUCACAUGUGAAGAACUGUGAGACUCAGACAGGCAGGACUGUUCUUCCAGCAUUACAGCCAGUUUACCAGUCAGCUCCUGCAGUCUGGAUCAUAGACCUCUCAAAGAGAAAGAGCUCCCUCUUCCUAGAAGUGCUGAAACUCCAAACAGUGAAGAAACCAUUAGAGCUGACAGGCUGGUCAGAUGAAGAGAGUGAAGUGAGGAGUUUCCUUCAGUGUCUGCCCUACAUCUCCCAGCUGAGGGGUGCUGAGCAGUGUGUGCCAUCUGUGUGUAAAGUGCUCCACUCCAGAGGAGAAGCAGAGCAGGUGGCUCCUCUCCUCCGGGCCCUGGACUUCACUCUGUCUCUGGAAGGAAAGUUAGUCACUUCCAGCUGCAGGGCUUUGGGGAGAGUGCUGGGCCUCUCAUCCUCCAGACUCAACCUCACUCUAAACCCAAGAGCCAUCUCUCUCAGAGGAAGCAGAUGUCUCUUCAGACACAUCACACACCUACACACUCUCAGGCUGAGUGGUGUUAUGGUGGUGAAAUUGGAACGAGCUCUGAGAGCAAGAAGAGCUCCUGUUACAGUGACUGUUGAGGAGCUUUCACUCAACCAGAGCAACGAGUGGUCAAAGAAGAAGCUGUCCAGAGUCCUGAGCAGCUUGGCUUCUCUCCUGAGACACUGGAAUGUCCAGUGUCUUAACAUGACUGAACACACGAUGGAGGUUCAGUCUCUCACUGUCCUACUGUGUCACCAGGGUUCUCUCACCAUCAGAUUGUCUAAAAAGAGUCUUCAGAAGCUCGUUGCUAUGGUGAAUGACGCUCAGGAUGAGGAGCUCACACGUGGUUUCCUACAGAAAGUGGGUGGAGAUCUGACUUCCUGCUCUCUGAACUGGGAAAUGAUCCACUAUUUCCUGCAGUAUCACACGGUCACUGUGGACUUUAGGAAGAGCAACAUUGAACAGCAGCACAUCAGAGAACUUGUGUCUGUACUGGACAGAGUUCAGCUCAGAAGGUUGACCUCCAGCUUUGUGCUGCCCAUCAUCAGAGAGAUCUAUGAGACUGGCUCUGCUCACUGUGUGUCCAGCCUGUUGAGUUCGGUAAAGAACUGCAUCAACCUGAACAGCAGAGAGCUGGACUCUGUCCACUGUGCUGCUCUGCGCUUCACCCUCCAGCACUGCACUUCAGUCUCUCUCAGCCUGCUGUGGACCUCCAUACCAGAGGGGGAGCUGGAGAGCAUUGUGCCUCUACUCAGCCACGUCUCCCAUCUCAGUGUUGACAGGCUGUUGUUGCUGAGGCUGCUCCACUGUUGCAGUGCCUCUGAACUCCAGCAGGGGGCGGCAGCAGUUCUGCUCGCCGCUCUGCAGCACAGACUGGACUUCUCCUGCAGCUCCGCUCUGGACCUUACAGAACACACACAGACACACACCCUGAGCAGUGAGGACUGCAGAGUCGUCUCCAUGACCAUCCAGAGAUCUCGGACCCCCACGCAGCUCAUUCUGCAGGACUGUGAAAUGGAGGAGGCUGGAGUGGAGCGGCUCUUCACCAUUUUACACAAAGUCACUCUGCACUGCAGUAAAGCCCUGCUGCUUCAGUUUCUGUCUCUUGUCCAUGUGGGGACUGAGCUGGACUGUGUGAGGCGUGCUGUGGCUCUCUCUCAGGCUCUGGGUGAGGAAGUGGACCUCAGUCAGACAAAGCUGGACCUGCAGGCUUGUAGGUCACUGGCACGGUUUCUGGAACAUUCUGAAGGGCUGACAGAACUGGACCUCAGCCACUGCCAGCUCACUGACCACUGCCUGAAGCUGCUGCUUCCACACCUGCACAAAAUCCAAAUCCUGGAUCUCAGCCACAAUCACAUUACUGACAUCUCAGCGAAGGGAAUCUACGAUAUUGUCUCCACUAACAGCAACAUUCAGACUGUUCGACUCUUCAGCAACAGAAUCACAGAAAGACUGCGUUUCCUCUCAGACCAGCGCUUUGAGAUCUGGUGAUAUUAUGAUGAAAUAGUGAUGAUAUGAUGAUGCUGUGCACUUUAACACUGAUUUUCUGUUACAUCGAUAAAGAAACAUUACAACCCAAAAGAUUUAAAACAUGUAACAUAAACUGUAUAUAGGCUGAUACACUGGACUACACUGAUCUUCACUGAUACAUACAAAAAUAUUAUAAAUCUACAGCAUUUAUUUUUAAUAGCAAUAAUAACAAAAGAUCAGGUUUUUUUUUUUUACACUUCUUGUUAAAACUCUUUUCUGGAAUUCUGUGAAGCUGCUUUGUGACAUCCGUUGUAAAAAGCGCUAUACAAAUAGAUUUGAUGAUGAUUUGAUGAUGUUGAUAUACUUGAGUCAUUUUUCUCUUUUACUGGAUUUUGGGACUGUCUGAACAUAAAUGUUUUGGUGAAGUUGUUUUCACAAUGUCAGUGUCAUUCCAUGGAUGUACAUACUGUGUAUACUAUUAGCUCAUGGACUGAAAUGUGCCUUUCCUGUGUGGCUGCUAUUGAAGAGUGAACCUUUGUAUUUUAUCACAAUAUGGGGCCUUACUUUUCUUGCAAUGUAAGAUAUUAUUCUCAGUUUUAAUUGACUGUUUUAUGAGCAAUUAUUGCUGUACUGUUGGUACAAAACCCAAUUUACUGAUAUGUACUUUAUUCUAGAUUUCUGUUUUUUUUUAUUGAACUGCUUUCAGUUAGAUGAGCCCUCAUGCAGACCCAAUUGGAAAAAAGAGUAAAAACAUCUUGUCCUACAGCUGCUCUAAUAAUAUGGUUCUGCAUGUUUCGAGGCUGUUGUUAAAAAGUAAUCAUUAUUGUUUCUUUCUCUUUCCUGGUAGAAAUUUUUAUGUCAGUAAAACAGUAUUUAUGCAUUUUUAUCUUCUUUACUCAUCUGUACUCACUCCCUCUCUUUUAAAGGGAAUACUCACCAGUCUUGGCUGUUACUGAGUGUUAUGGCAAAUAAAGUUCAUAUUUUGCUAUGAAGAUGAUGAA